AUGGCGUGUUUCAGCCUCGACGUCGAGGCGCUCGACAAUGGCACAGACAGCAGCAGCGACGUGGAGGAGCGGGAGGAGCCACAUCAAGCGGUCGCAGGUGGUGCACAGCUGCCGUCGAUUCGGUCGCCUAGGUCAAAAAAGAGGAUAUAUGCGCUCGAGACUCAGGUCUUGUCAGACGAUGGAGCUACCGGAGCAGAUGGGCAUGGUGUCAAUGAUGAGAGUGCAAAGAAAAAAAUGAGAUCAGACGACUCGGACGACUCGAGCUCUCUGUCGUCGCCGCCACCCGCACCGCCGAAGGCCGAGGCGACCCUGCAGCGACCAUCUUCAGGACGACGCGCUUCCCCGGCCAGCAGCAUGACAGAGCCUGGUGGGUCGUUCAACGCCAUGACUUACAGCAAAGAGAUUCAGUCACCUCCGCAGUCUCGCUUGUCAACCACAACGCCGAGGAGGAGGCCCCCACCGAUGUUUGAGUCUGAGCUCUGCUCCGAGGAGGAGGAGACGCUGCCCUUUUUCGAUGAGACGUACCACGACGCAGAGGUGGAUGACGAUGUGGUCCUCAUAGGCGAGCCAUCGAGGCUCCAACCGCCAAGAUCAGUCAAAAAGACGCCGGUGCAAGCCCAAUCAAAAUUACCGAAAGACAAAGAAGAGGAAGAAGAGGAGAGCGAAACGCAACUGCUACCGUGGGGCGACGAAGAAGCCUCGCCUUGCAAGCCCAGGGCGUCUCCCGGGCCAGAGAAGAGGCUCAAGAAGCACUCGAGCGCAUGGAGUGACAUUGAAAAGGGCUGGAGCGGUGUCGAUCUGAGCGCCAAGGCCAGGGCAGCGCCUCCAAAGGGUCCGCCAGGCAGCUCACCGUCAAGCGCUGAGCAGAGCAGCCUCGACCUGUACGGCUUCACGCGCCGCCAUGAGAAAAGCCAGACCGCAGCGGUGCGGACUCCAUUGCGUGACGAAGCGAGUGAGCGAUAUGAGGUGGCAGAAGACGACGACAAGGACGAUGGCGCGCCGUCGCGGCCCAGGGCCUACCCACCUUGCACCAUACUCGCCGCAAAGGCCAAGCGGCUCUCGAGGCCCCCACCACCGCGGCCGGCCCCUCCCCGUCCAGCGUCGCCGCCGCCGCCUCCUUCCUCUCCUCCCCCUCUUCCUACUGCCGCUGAGGCGAGCAGUCGAGAAGAGCAGACGAACGGUAGCCCGGCCACCGUUAAGCUUCCCAAGUCCCGUCCAUCGACGCCGACACCGCAGCAGCAGCAGCAGCAGUCGCCGCCCUCGUCUGAGAAGAAGCUGCAAGUGCCUGGCUCGCCCAUUGACCAGCCAGCUUCACCGCAGCACCCGCCGCCUGUCCCCGCAGCAGCCACACAGAAGACGUCAUCGUCUGGCCUCGCCGCACCGCUGUCACACGUCAUGGCCUCCACGCUCGUCCACCCUUCGCAGACGCCCUCGCCGGCUGGGUCCCACGCCACGGCGGCGACGUUUGGCAACCGACAGUCGCCCAAUCCAAAUGCAGCCGCUGGCGCCACUGCCAACCAGGGCGGCGCAGCAUUCAAUAAUAACAACAACAACAAGCGAGGGGGCGCACAAGCGCUCAACAGGCCCGCUGCGACGGUGCCACACGUCAUCGAUGGGCCUGGCGGCCGGAUCCUCUGCGUGGCCGACGUCCGUGGAAACCUGUCCUCGCUCAACACGCUCGCGCGCGAGGCAAACGCUCAGGCCAUCAUCCACACGGGCGACUUUGGCUUCUACGAGACGGACAGCUUCUCGCGGAUCAGCGACCGUACCCUCCGCCACCUCGUCCAGUACUCGACGCUGAUCCAUACGGCGCUCCGCAACAAGCUCCUCUCGGCCGAUGUGCCCCCUGGCCGCGGCUCCGUCACCACGCCUGGUGCAGUGCCGCCGCCCACGACAUCGUGCAAGGAGAUGCGCAAGCUGAUUCUCGACGAUGCAGACUGCCCGCUCCUCACCCAGUUCCCUGACCUGCUCUCGGGCAAGCUCCGGCUCGAGGUGCCCGUGUACACGGUCUGGGGUGCAUGCGAGGAUGUGAGGAUCCUCGAGAAGCUGCGCACGGCCGAGUACAUUGUCCCCAACCUCAACAUCCUCGACGAGGCCACCUCGCAUGCCAUCGAUGUCGGCGGCGUCCGCCUCCGUCUCUUUGGCCUCGGCGGCGCCGUGGUGCUGCACAAGCUCUUUGACAAUGGCGAGGGCGCCGCGACGAUUGCCGGUGGCCAGGGCACCAUGUGGACGACGAUUCUCCAGAUUGGCGAGCUCGUCGACACGGCACAGAAGUCAUACGAUGCCUCCGAGACGAGGAUCCUGGUCACGCACGCGUCGCCUGGCCGUGAGGGGCUUUUGAUGCAGCUGGCCCUGGCCCUCAAGGCCGACCUGACCAUCUCGGCCGGUCUUCACUUCCGCUACGGUGUGUCCUACAACGAGUUCAGCGUCCAGCCCGACGCCGAGGCGCUCCGGCGCAAGCUCAAUGCCUCCAAGGCGUCCUUUGGCGAGGUGUGGGACUCGGUCAGGUCUCAGGUCGAGGACGUCAUCGACGACCAGCAGCGCGUCCUCCUCAACCAUGGCCUCGCCGUCACCAACAAGGUCCCCCCUGCGGCCACGAGCAACGGCGCCGUGGCUGAGGAGCCGGCGUGGAAGAACACGUGGAACUGGAACCUGCCCGACGCCGCCUACGGCCACCUCGUCCUCGACCUCAAGGACGGCAGGAUCUCGAGCGAGAUGAAGAGCCAAGGGUUCAACUUUGCCUACCGUCGCAACAAUGCGCCCCAGAGCGCAGUCACGGCCACACCCCUCAGUGCCGUCGCGCCCAAGACAGUUGCAGCACCAUCUGUGCCUCCUCAGCAGCAGCAGUCCGCCAGGACGCCACCGAGCGGGCCAAAGAGCCUUGCGUCGAGGCCAGGCUCAGCAAGGGGACACGGCUCCAACAAGGGCUCAGGCGAUGCCAGGGCCGCUGCCCCGUCCAGGUCUGCUGCUGCAAAUGGCAGCAGUGGUGGCGCCGCUACGACGGCAAACUCGCAAAAGGAAAAGGAAGCCGCUAGCCAGGCGACGCCAUCACAGCAGGCGACGACGACAGCAGCAGCAACAGCAACAACAGCAACAACAGCUGCUGCUGCUGACGAGGGCAAGGGGAACGGCAAUGGGAAUGGCAGUGGCGAGGGAGGCGCCGCGCCAUCCAAGGCGCACAAGAAGAACAACAGCAAGCGGAGCAAGUCCAAGGGCAGUGCUGGCGGGUGGACGUCGGGCGAGGACGACCAGUCUGCGGGCAAGAGCAAGGAGGGCAAGAAUAGAGACAAGGACAGCGAGGGUGCCAACAAGGGCGCAGACGUCGAUGCUGCCGGCUGGGACACGCCGGCCGACAACAGCGGCAAGGAGAGUGGCGCAGCCGAAAAGGCCACGGGUGGUGGUAGUGGCGGCGGCGGUGGCGGCGGUGGACGAGGAGGCCGCGGUGGUGGACGCGGUGGCAGUGGCCGCGGAGCGCGAGGCGGCGGUGGCGACAGGGGAGGCAGGGGUGGGGGACGAGGAGGGCAUGGCGAGCGGCGCAAGUCGCAGGACGCCAGCAGCAACAACAACAGCAGCAACAACAACAAGGCCGCAGCGCCCUCGCCAGCGCCUGCUGCUGCUACGUCCGUGACGACGUCCUGA